GAGUUUCCCAAACCGCUUUACCUUUCCUUGUCCGUAUUGCAGCGAGAAAAAUUUUGAUCAAGAAGGAUUAGUUGAACACUGCAAAACAUUCCACAGCAUGGAUACGAAACAAGUGGUUUGCCCAAUUUGUGCCUCAAUGCCUUGGGGAGAUCCAAAUUACAGGAGUGCUAACUUCAUGGAGCACCUUCAAAGACGACAUCGCUUUUCAUAUGAUACUUUUGUGGAUUAUGAUGCAGAUGAAGAUGAUAUGAUGGCACAGGUUUUGAUGCGUUCUUUGCGGGAUAAAUGA